AUGGCUAAGAGAUCCGUUUCCAUCCUCAACCGCCUCCUAGCGAAUCCAUCUUCUCCCUUCACCGCCCCCACCCGAUCCAUCACCUACAUGCCUCGACCCGGCGACGGAGCCCCACGCACCGUAACCCUAAUCCCCGGCGACGGGAUCGGACCUUUAGUGACCGGUGCGGUGGAACAGGUCUUCGAAGCGAUGCACGCGCCCGUGCAUUUCGAGAGGUACGAGGUUCGUGGAAACAUGAGGAAAGUGCCCGAAGAAGUGAUGGAAUCUGUGAAGAGGAACAAGGUUUGUCUGAAAGGUGGCUUAGCGACUCCUGUUGGUGGAGGUGUCAGCUCCUUGAACAUGCAGUUGAGGAAGGAGCUUGAUAUUUUUGCGUCCCUGGUUAACUGUAUCAACGUCCCUGGAUUAGUGACGAGGCAUGAGAACGUGGAUAUCGUUGUGAUUAGGGAGAACACGGAAGGAGAGUACGCGGGUCUUGAGCACGAGGUUGUUCCUGGUGUUGUCGAGAGCCUUAAGGUGAUAACUAAGUUUUGUUCUGAGAGGAUUGCGAGGUACGCAUUUGAGUAUGCGUACCUGAACAACAGGAAGAAAGUGACUGCUGUUCAUAAAGCUAACAUUAUGAAGCUAGCGGAUGGGCUCUUUCUUGAAUCUUGCAGAGAGGUCGCUAAAGCUUAUCCUGGGAUUACAUACAACGAGAUAAUUGUAGACAAUUGUUGUAUGCAGCUUGUGGCUAAGCCUGAGCAGUUUGAUGUCAUGGUGACGCCUAAUUUGUAUGGUAAUCUUAUUGCAAACACGGCUGCUGGAAUAGCUGGUGGUACUGGAGUAAUGCCAGGAGGCAAUGUUGGUGCUGAACAUGCGAUAUUUGAGCAAGGAGCAUCAGCAGGGAAUGUGGGGAAUGAUAAGAUAGUGGAGCAGAAAAAAGCUAAUCCAGUGGCUCUGCUUCUCUCAUCGGCUAUGAUGCUUAAACAUCUCCAGUUCCCUACUUUUGCUGAUCGUCUUGAAGUCGCAGUGAAACAAGUGAUACGAGAAGGCAAAUGGCGAACCAAAGAUCUUGGCGGAGAUUGCACUACUCAGGAAGUUGUUGAUGCUGUCAUAGCAGCUCUUGACUAG